UGAGGUCAUAUGACGAACAAACAGAUACCCUUGAUUAUGAUAGUUAAUAUUGCCAGGGACAAUUUGCUUGAAAAGUACAACUAUGUCACAGUUUUAUAGAAACGUAAAUUGAAUUGACAGAUGUUUACUGAGACAACAAUGAUAAGGAAGGGAAACCGAACAAAAACGACUAUGUGAAAGUAUUCGGAGUAGAUUUAUUGAGAAAACUAUGUGUGAUAUGCAUCUGUAUGCAUAAAAAUAAUAAAUCCAUGUGAUCACGUAUCAAAACAAGAAAAUAGUGUGUUUUUAUUCAUGAAGUUAUUUUGCUUUCUCCUUAUUUUUUAGGAUUUGUUCAUUCAUCUUAUUUAUUUGGUCUCGAAAGUCAUAUUGUUCAAACAUCCAUUAAUGCUAAUAUUGUACCACCAGGUGCACUACUUUCCCUUAUACAAAAAGGCCUCUAUUACACCGAAGCCGAACUAUCCAUUGGUGAUGUAAGUUCAAUAGACUGA